AUGUGCUUGAGAGCGAUCAAGCCAUCGAAUUUUAGCUUCUCACAGAAAGCCGUUACAACAACACGAAAUUCCGCUCUCCUGCGUGCGGGCUACCAGAACAACAAAACUACUUGCAUCAUCCUCAUCUCUUCAUCGCCGGCUUGA